AUGCGCGACUACGACGGCUACUACUCGUCGGACGCAGUCGCGAAAGGGUACCUGCCCUACUGCAACAUUGGUCUCCACGACAGCGAGGCCAAGGUGAUGCACGACGUGCCCCAAGCGCACAACGCCCACCUCUACCGCGGUCUUCUCAAGCUGUCGCCGGUCGUCGACGCCAUUGCGCAUGAGACGCACCGACUGCACGUCCUGGACGUGGGCUGCGGCACGGGCGCCGGCCUCCACGUGAUCCAAAAGACACUCGAGGCGUGGCAUUCGUCGCCGAUGACCGUUGUCGGUGUCGACAAGUGCGCGUCGGCCGUCAAGGCGCACAAGAAGCUCUACCGUGGCAAACAGAAAGUGCUCAAGUACGACGUCGAGGGCCGCAUGACUGCGUUUGCACGCGCCAAGUUUGACGUCGUGACCGCCGUCCAGAGCCUCCAAGAGUGCACGCCGGCGGCGCUGACCGAGCUGUCCCGCGUAUUGAAGCCCCAUGGGUUCCUGCUGGUCGCCGAUUUCGUCAAUCCGCGCCAGCCUUUUGACUGCCUCCACGCGCUUCAGUCGCACCCCGACUUUCGUCUGCGCGAGCACCGCGAUGUGUCGUUUAGCGCGACGAUCGCUGCCAAGAGCAACUCCACAGUGCUGCGCGCAGUUUUGAACGAGUGCGUUAACGAUGCGACCUUGCGCGCUGCGAUGGCCGAGAUGCUAACGCUCAAGAAGACGUCGCAAUAUGAGGAUGUCCGGCUUGGCAACAUCCAAUAUGGUCUUUUUUGCUUCGAGUAUGUCCCGUCGACGUCGGUGCCCGACGUCUUGGCGCCGAUCGACGUCGAUGACAGCAGUGACAACGACGACGACGAUGACGAUGACGACGACGACGACUCGGACGAUGACAUUGAUGACAAGUGCAACCCGAGCUACUACGACUACAGUGAGGUAUUCCCGCAGCUCGAGCUCCUUCGCACCCACUAUGAAACGAUUCGCGACGAAGCGCUCAAGGCCCAAUUGGCCACCGACUGGCCCAACUGGCCCGAAGACCACUACAUUGGUGAGGACGGCGAGUGGCGCGUCUUCCCGCUCUGCUACACGUUUCCGGCGUGGGACGCCUCGAAAACGACGUGGGUGACCGGGACGUGUGCGCAGUGCCCCGCGACCGUUGCGCUCCUCCGGCAGAUCCCCGGCAUCCGCACGGCGCUCUUCUCCAAGCUCGGGCCCGAGACGACGCUUGGCGCCCAUCGCGGUUGGGCGGACCUCGCCAACGACAUUUUGCGCUGCCACGUUGGCCUCGAUGUUCCGACGUACGACGGCAACGAGUCGACGUGCUGCAUUGUCGUCGAUGGCGAGCCGCGCGCCCAAGCCAACGGCCGCGUCCUCGUCUUUGACGACAGCAAGCUCCAUUAUGCCUUCAACCACCACCCGACCGCGUCCCGGUGCAUUCUUAUUGUCGACUUGUAUCGGCCGGCGCAUCUGCCACGCGGCAUGGCCCGCGGCGGCCACACGGACGAGCUCGAUGCUUUCAUUGCCCAGUACAACGCGGCCAUGAACUCAUGA